CCAUUGGGCUUAAACAUAAAGGACUGUAGAAGAUAAAAAAUGAUUUAGUUAGUUACUAGCACCUAGCCUAUGGACAUUUUUGUAAACUACACAAACUUCUAAACUGUGCAAAGUAUAGGAGGUGGGAUUAGGGCGUCGCAUUCUUUUGGAACGGAAGUUUUGAACAUUUAUUCCUAGUCUCUGUUUUAUCAGUUAAAACAUUUGACAUUUUAUCAUUCAUCAAAUCUGGCUCAGGUUAUUGUGGAUUCACCUGGCUUGCUCUUAAGACCAUGGAAAAUGACACUAGUGAGCUAUUCAACACAGAAGCUCUCAGCUUUGACAGUACCCUGGAUAGUUUAAUGGAUGUGGAUUAUGUGGUAGAUGAGAAAGCAUUGCCAUUCAAUCCACCAUCAUUUAAUCCUCCAUCUGAAGUCCUCAUGUCUGCCCAGAAUAGUUUUAGGGCUGACAUAGGGCAUAAUGAUGGAGGUAGUAUGGAGACUGCUGACACUGGAAAGACUUCAGAACUUGUGCUAGAAAAAGAAGUAUCGGAACCUGUAUUGGAAAAAGAAGUAUCUGAACCUGUGUUGGAAAAGGAAGUGCUGGAAGCUGUAUCAGAAAAGGAAGAAGGCGAAAACAGAACUGAUUCUAGUGAAAAGUCAAAGGAGUGCAUAGCAAUUAAAGGAAAUGCUAUUGAUACAGUAAAUAAAGAAUUAGGUAUUGAAGAAUUAGAGAAGGGAAAUGAUCAAACAGUCCAGAUUAAUAUUGAGAUUAAAGAAAGGGUAGCAAAUGUUUUACGAGAGCCUAGUCCUAACUUUGAUCAAAUUAAAGCAAAACGGAAAAAGAAUCUUGCAAAAAAGAAACCAACAACCAAAGAUAAUGCCACCAAAAAGGAAAAGGCUGUUGCUAAAGGUGCUAAAGGUAGUAAUGCAACUAAAUGUCCCAUUAAACAUGCAACAACUUCAGCUGAAUCUAAUAUAGUAUUGAACAAUAUUGAAGAAAAUGUCAAAGAGCCUCCUCUUAAGAAAAUGCGAAUUUCUUCAGAAGGACGAAAUGAAAAUGAAAUAACCAAAACAGAGCAAAAGGGUAAAAGUGUUAAUGAUUCCAAUGGAUUUGGAAAAGUCACUUCAAAUGAAACUGAAGAUACUACUCCAGAUACAAAUAAGAUCAGACAAGUAAGUAUAUCAGAACAUGAAACUCUUGAAUCUAAACAGGAAACAGUGAAUUUUGAUGUUGUUUCUGAGGUUGGGAAAAGGGUCGAAAGUGAAUCAGAUAAAAAUGCAGACUUCAGUAAGGAAAAAGAACCUUUUAAAGGCAGUGCACCAGAAGACGUAAAAAAGAUUAGUAAUGAACCAGAACUGCAUAAUGAAACAGAGAAACAAAGCAUAUUAGCCCAGCCAAACGAACAAAAACUAGGUGAUCAAACAGCAGAUAAUGUAACAGAAGAAACUGUUGACAAAACUGAGGAAGUUUUAUCAAUCAAAGAUAAAAUGGAAUCUGAGAAUGAAACAGAAGAUGACAGAGAAACUGAUUAUGUCAACCCUGAUCAAGAAGAUAUCAGAGAAAGUGACAUGGACAAUGGAAAUGAGGAUGAUGAAGAAGAAGAAAUUGAAGAUGAAAAGGCAGAAUAUGAAGGAGAUGAUGAUGAUGAGUUUGAUGAUGAGGAUGAUGUAGAUGAUGAUGAAAUUCAUAACUGGUUGGAAGAAGGUCUUACUAAAGAAGAAAUAAGGGAGAAAACUCAAGAAGGAUUGAAAGAUGGGGAGUUUAUCAGCAAUGAAAAGUAUAUCCUGCAAGAGAAGGGAGUGAACCCAUUUGAGAUGUUACCUGCUGGAUGGAUAGCGCUCUCACAUAAUUGUGGCAUGCCCGUGUAUCUACACAAGGAGUCUAGAGUGUGCACGUUCUCUCGUCCGUACUACAUCGGGUCUGGAAGUUCAAGGAGCCAUGAGGUACCAAUCAGCUCCAUUCCUUGUUUGCAAUAUCGCCGUGAAUUAGAAAAGGAGAAAAUGCAAGAACAGGAGACGGCUGAAAAUACAACAAAUAAGGAAAAUGAAGAGGCUGAUGCUGAUGAAAAUCCAGCAGUGUCUUUAGGAAAAGAGAUUCUACCAAAACCAGUUAUAAAGAGCGCAGAUGUUACAGACAAAACCUUCAACAUAGCUCCUAAAGAAUUGAAUAAAUACUGCCGUGGAUUGUUCAGCUUUAGAGUUGUUACUGUGAAAAAAUUCAAGACGUGGAGAGAAAAGAGGGCUCAUAUGGUAGAAGAGAAAAAGAGAAAGGCAGCAGAGGUACCAAGACUGGCCCCAGAAACAAAGUUGCUCACUUGUCCUAUUCCAGCAGAAUUCACCAGCAAGAAAUCCAGAAAGAAAGAAUUUGUAUUGAAUCCUGAAGGCAAAACUGCAGUGAGCAUUUUACAUGAAUAUACACAGAAUGUACUAAGGGUCCAGCCUACAUAUGAAUUCAAGGAAAUGUCUAAUGCAGAUUUACCUUUCCAAGCCACAGUUCUUCUAAAUGGUAUGAAGUAUGGCAGCGGGACUGCUACUGGUAAAAGACAGGCCAAAAAUGAAGGAGCCAAAGCCACUUUAGAGAUACUUGUGCCAGAGUUAGCCGAGUUGUGGAAUGAAAAGAACCCUGCAAAUAAGCAAAAAAAUGAAUUGAACUCGGACCUUAAGUUUUUUGAAACAGUUGCCAUAGAAGAUCCUCGUGUUCCAGAGUUGUGCGUUAAAUCAUCCCUUCCUCAGCCAUACCAGGUGCUACACACGUGUUUACAGAGAAACUACGGACUUGGUGAUACCUCAUUUAAAGUAGAUAAGAAAAUGAUAUCCAAUCAAAAGACGGAGUUUACGUUAACUGUCGGGAAACGUACCUGCACGGUUGUGUGUAAGAACAAACGUGAGGCAAAACAAAAAGCGUCUCAGAGCAUGUUACAACAGUUACACCCCCUCCUGAAGAAUUGGGCAGCAAUACUUCGUUUAUACAGCAAAAAUACAGAAGUUGGCUUUGAUGAAAGGAAGGAUGAGUUUCCUGAGCAAAACUUUCAACUGGAGAAGAAGAAAAAUUUUGAAAUCCUCGGAGCAUUAAAAAAUGCAAUGAGGAAGGUCAGAGAACAAAGGAAAAACUUUUCUGAUGGUAGCUCAACAUCUGUUCCAGCGCAGCCACCAGCAACUUUAGAUUUAUGAUGAAGGCCAUAUAUCUAGUCACCAAAACAUAUCUUCAUUCCACACAUAUGUUGCUGUUGAUGAUGGCUGGUCCAUGGCAAAGUAGAUAUGAAAACUGCUUGUGUUUAGAAGUCACUGUUCCAUAUUUGUUCUCCUAUAUGUUGUAUAACUUGAAUUUAAAGAGACCAGCAAAAGAAUGCAGAAAUAUGUGCUCCCUAUCCUCUUAACCACUGGACAGAUUUUCACAAAAAAAAAACAAUAAUAUUUGUUAAUUUUAUCAAGACAAUUUGCAGUGUGUACAGCAUAGGUCAUAAGGUCACAGCUGGAAGGUCAUGAUCACUACAUUUUAAUUUGCCUGCAUCAGUGUGGUGCCUGGAGGUAUUAAUUGCCGUUAGUGAUAGCUCUAGUAUUAACUUUACCAGCAAUUAUACCAAAUUGUGAGCUUUGAAUGCAUUUCCAACCCAUGUUUUUCAACAUUCAUACAUGAAAGUGCCAUGGAAAAGUCACAGUCAUUUGCAACAUAAAUGUAAAAUCUCAGUCUAUAUGUAUUAUUAUGGUCAAACCAUGGUGUGAAAGGAUACUAUAUUUAAGUGUAAAUGUGUUUUUGUAGAAUUGAGUGUGUAUGCAUGGGAAUAUAGGACUUGAAAUGAUUGUAUAUUUAUUAAUAUAAUGUAAUAUACUUAAUCCAUGUUAAACUCGACAUGUGUUAAGGGCUGAAAGAAAUACUAGAUGUACAUGAAAUUACAUUAACAUUGUAAGAGUUGUGGUCUUAUUAGAAGUGCAGGACAGACGUUAUCCCUUUUGGGCAUUUAUUCUGGAUUUUUAUGCUCCCUUAGGCACUCACACCUUCCGAGAGUUUGUCUGGGCUAAACAAGUCAUGUUUCAGCUGCUAAAGCUUUUGUUCAAUUCAAGGAAUUCCCGUUAAACUUUACAUGAAAGUUAAUUAUAACAAGAAGGUGCUAUGAGGAAGAGUCAGAUCAGGUCAAGGUCACAUGCAGGGAACUUAUUACAAAUUUAGAGACCUCACUUAUUAUUGCAAUGCUUAUUUGUUCAUAAUAUCAUUUUAAAAUGAUAUUGUCUGCAUAUCAAAGGUUUUGCAUGUAAGCAGAUUUCUCUAAAACUGCCAGGCCUAUCACUUUCUAACUUAAACAUUUAUUUGGCAUCAUAAGUUGACCUCACAGGUCAAAGUUGACCUCACAGGUCAACUCACAUAACACCAGCAUUUAUUUUGUCAGAAUAAAGUCAGUUUUUUUAACUUAGAACUUUUGGUUAAAGUUUUACACAUGUAAGCAUGUUUCUCGGGAAUAAUGUUUUUAGAUUGUCACCUCAGAUGACAAAUUUCGUAACUCUGACUUACAUUUAAGCAAAAAGUAUGACCCUUUUUCAACACAGGAAAUUUUGAUAAGGUUUGACUUACAUUUUAUAUACUUGUCUAAGUCCAGUUAUUGUUAUAAAUAUUCUUGUAUAAUUCACAACUUUGUCAUACAGUGUCAGUAUUCUCCUUUGUGAAUUUAUUCAAUUUUUUUACAACAGCCAACUUAUAAUGUUGUAAAACUGUCCCAUUUUACAGUAAGUAUUUGUACGAUAAAUUGUGUCAGAGGCCUACAUUAUUAUUUUAUGUGAGGAAGUUAUUGGUUAAGUUAAAAAAAGCUUAUUUAAGUGUUGUUUACAGUGGUAUUGUUUACAUUGGUGUUGAUAACAGCGGUGUUGUUUACAGUUUACAUUUGCCAUUCCUUUAAGGGCAUAACUUUCCUUUAUUACCAAUACAGCUAUAGUAAUAGUUUAAAGAUUCCGCUAAUUAUGUUGUCUGUAAAUGUAUUGUUUAUAUAGUUUAUUAUUUUAAAGGUUUUCAAAGAAAAGUAUUUUAAUCAUGUUACAUACAAGUCACACUUUAUUAACUAUGACCUUAAGACAGAUAAAAUUUCUAUUUUGUCAGAAGGCUGAUAAAAUGAAAAUAGAAUCUUGAUUCUUGAGAUGAUCUGUCACUGGGAAGUUUGAUAUAGAUAAAGCUUUUGUAUUAAGUUUUGUAUUAAGUAUUAGUUUAGAUAUACUUUGUUUUUGGAAAAAAAAAUCUAUAAAACUAUAUUGGAUGCUGUUUGUACUUUCAUAAGAAAUAUAAAAAAACUUCAAAAAUUUGGAAUACCGAUCUGCAGAGCCUUUUUGCCUAAUUUUAAAUGGGUCUUUGUCCAGAUAUUUUGAAUAUUGUUGAUGAAAGAAAUGUCUCUCUAUACUUUACAUUCUUUUGUUUAUUGUGUGUUGUCUGUUUUAGGUAGUGGACAUGUGAUGGCAGUUCGUUCUUUCUGUACGAUCAUGUAUUCCUCUUAUAGUGUUCCAGCAUUCAGCAAAGGAUAGUAUAGCUCAUACUAGCCCCUGAAAAUGGCCUUGUGUUAAUACUGGAGAAUGGUGAAAUAUGUAAUUGUAGUUUCAUUGCCUAAAAGUCAUUUUCCAACAGUAUUAAAGGUAUGCAAUGGCAGUCACAUAAGAUAACUAGUUUUCCGAGAUUAGAUGCUAGUAUCGAUUUGUUCUCCACAAGUAUCUGUCAACUGCUCCACAUUACUCUGGAGGUUGAGAUCGUAUGACUUCAGAAAACUGUCUGUCAAAUUGUCACAGAGAACAUAAGCCUCUCUCCAAAAUUUGAUUUGCAACCCCUGAUUCUUGUGCUUUUCCUGCGGAGCUAAUCACAGGGAACCUACCAUUUCUAGUCUGUUGUAAAAAUGAUGGUUCUGCAUAUUGUUGCCUUUGAAUUGGGAAAUAUGUAUUUGAGACAGAAGAAAACAUAGAAUGGGUCUACUUUUUAUGGACUUGCAUAAAUAGUGAAAUGUGAAAUUGUCAGGUUUGAAGUUUUACUUCAGUCAAUGCUGAAGUGGGGUCUUGAAUUAAGGAUGGUAUGGUUAUAGUAUUAAGGUAGUGUUCAGAUUGGGUUCAAAUAAUUAUUUCUUCAAAAUUAUUAAAAUGAGGCAUUCUUUGAAAUGUUUACAUUUGCGUAGGGUUUGUUGUUAGUGCAAAGGAUUAUUAUUGAUUGAUUUAUUUAUUAAAUGAAAUAUAAUUUAAGUGUCAGCAUCAAAGAGAAGUCAUAUGAGCCACGCCAAGAGAAAACCAACAUAGUGGCUUUGCGACCAGCAUGGACCCAGACAAGCCUGAGCAUCUGCGCAGUCUGGUCAGGAUCCAUACUGUCCGCUUUCAAAGCCUAUUGCAAUUAGAGCAACUGUUAGCGAACAGCAUGGAUCCUGACCAGACUGCGCGGAUACGCAUGCUGGUCGCAAACCCACUAUGUUGAUUUUCUCAUGGUGCAGCUCAUAUAUGUUACCACUUAUGAGAUUAUAUCAUUUGCAUCUUUGUAACAGAAUUUCAGUUUGUAUUACCGGUACUUUUGGCCGUUCCUUUUGUAAAAACAUUAUGCAAAAAUGGUAGAACCAGUUGUAAUACUUAUCAUCAUUACUAACUUUGAUUUGCUCUUUAAAAUUUCCACACAUUUGUAUAUAUAACUUAACGCCUCUGUAUGAAUUGAAUGUGAUUAUUUUCAGUUAUAAAACACCAGAAGACUGUUUUGGUCAAAUUUGUGAUUUUCAAAAGUUGGUUUAUAUUUACCAUUCACCAAACAGAAUAAAGAAUACUUUCAACUCUUAUUUAUUCUUUGCAGGUGAAAUGUCACAUUAAUUUACCAUGUGAAAUCCAUGCAAAAGCUAUUAACAGAAUGAUGUGGUUUAUCAAAUAUGGUUUAUCAGAUAUGUAUUAAGACAAGAGGUAUUAGUAACUGAUAUUUUAUAAUUACAUAAAAUGGAUUUUCAAUGAA